AUGCCGUCCUACCGGUUCCAAGACGGCCUUACGCUAGAUAGACAUAUCGGCCAAACACUCACCGUCCAUGGUGAGAACUUCGAGCUCAAGGAGAUUCUUUCUGAAAAGCAAAGCAACGAGUUCAAUGAGCGCUGGGCCGUCUUUCAAGCUACCAAAUCGGGUAGCACGGACGCUUUCGUCCUGAAGCUUCGUUUUCAACAGAAUCCAUCUCGACUUAGUCAAAGCAAGAAGGAUAGCAUUCAAGUCACAGCUAAACGAAACUUUGAAACUGAAUGCAAAGCACUGAGAGUCUGUUCGCCUACCGGAGUGGCACCUAGGUUUUUCCACAGUGAGGAGCUUCGUCAAAACAAUACUCAUCCAUUCCCUGGUGGGUAUUUACGUGUCAUCGUCAUGUCAAAAGUCGGAGGGAAGAGCGUUAUCGAGAUCCUCGAGGACCUAUAUGAGGAAGAUCGAAGGAUCAUCCGAACCCAACUCAUCCUGAUCCUUGAAUCUCUAGUAGGCCUGUCUCGGGCUUCAAAGGAGAUGCUUCCCCCAGAAGAAGGCGAUCCCAUUACCGAAAAUUCGAUCGAUGUGCUUGCCUUCGGUAUGGGAUGGACAGUCAGUGGAAAUUGA